AUGCCCGGCCUGAUUCCCUUGGGCCUUGGCCUCAUGGCUCUCCUGGGCCUCACAGUGGGGGCCCCUCUGUGCCUGUCGAGGCAGCUCAGAAUGCAAGGUGACUAUAUACUGGGCGGGCUAUUCCCUAUGACCUCAGCUGAGGGCACUGGCCUUGGGGACAGGACUUACCCAGAGAGCACCACUUGCAAAAGGUUCUCGGCCCUCGGCCUGCUCUGGGCGCUGGCUGUGAAAAUGGCAGUGGAAGAAAUCAACAACAGGCCAGACCUGCUUCCGGGGCUGCGUCUGGGCUAUGACCUGUUCGACACGUGUGCAGAGCCCCUGGUAGCCAUGAAGCCCAGCCUGGUGUUCCUGGCCAAGGCAGGCAGUCGUGACAUCGCCGCCUACUGCAACUACACGCAGUACCAGCCACGCGUGCUGGCUGUCAUUGGGCCCUACUCCUCUGAGCUUGCCCUCAUCACUGGCAAGUUCUUCAGCUUCUUCCUCAUGCCCCAGGUCAGCUACGGUGCCAGCACGGACCGGCUGAGUAACCGGGAGAUGUUCCCAUCCUUCUUUCGCACGGUGCCCAGCGACCGUGUGCAGCUGGCGGCCAUGGUGGAGUUGCUGUUGGCUUUUGGCUGGAACUGGGUGGCGGCUGUGGGCAGUGAUGAUGAGUAUGGCCGUCAGGGCCUGAGCAUCUUCUCGAGCCUGGCCAGCGCCCGCGGCAUCUGCAUUGCCCAUGAGGGCUUGGUGCCGCUGCCCCACAGACAGAGCAUGCUGCCCAGCCAGGUGCAGAAAGUAUUGCAGGUAGUGAACCAGAGCAGCGUGCAGGUGGUGGUGCUCUUUGCCUCUGCCCGAGCCGCCCACACCUUCUUUGGCUAUAGUAUCCACAGCCAGCUUGAACCCAAGGUAUGGGUGGCCAGCGAGGCCUGGCUGUCCUCGAACCUGAUCUCCAUGCUGCCUGGCAUGGCACAGAUGGGCACUGUGCUUGGCUUCCUGAUGCGUGGUGCCCAGCUGCCUGAGUUCCCAGGCUACGUGGCCACCCGCCUGGCCCUGGCUGCCGACCCAGCCUUCUGCACCUCACUGGAUGCUGCACAGCCAGGCCUUGAAGAACACGUGGUAGGGCCACGCUGCCCACAGUGCAAUCACAUUACGAUGAUGAACCUGUCAACUGGGCUGCUGCACCACCAGACCUUUGCUGCCUACGCAGCCGUGUAUGGUGUAGCCCAGGCACUCCACAACACGCUUCACUGUAACGCCUUGGGUUGCCCUGCACAUGAGCCUGUGCGGCCCUGGCAGCUCCUGGACAGGAUGUACAACAUGAGCUUCCAGGCCCGGGACCUGGUGCUGGCCUUCGAUGCCAACGGGAACGUGGAUAUGGAGUAUGACCUGAAGCUGUGGGUGUGGCGGGGCCAGGAGCUUGAGUUUCGCACUGUGGGCACCUUCAACGGCCAGCUCCAGCUCUACCCCUCCAAGAUCGUGUGGCAUACAACAGGCAACCAGGAGCCGGUGUCCCAGUGCUCACGGCAGUGCAGGAAGGGUCAGGUGCGCCGUGUGAAGGGCUCCCACUCCUGCUGCUACGACUGCAUAGACUGUAGGGCUGGCACCUACAGGCACAACCCAGAUGACCUCUUCUGCACCCCGUGUGGCCUUGAAGAGUGGUCCCCAGACCGGAGCACACGCUGCUUCCCCCGCAAGCCCAAGUUCCUAGCAUGGGGGGAACCCAUCACACUGGGGCUGCUCGUGCUUCUGGGCCUGGUGCUGGGCCUGGCACUGGCGGCGCUGGGGCUCUUCAUCCACCAUAGGGACAGCCCAAUGGUGCGGGCCUCAGGAGGGCCACUGGCCUGCUUUGGACUCGCCUGCCUGGGCCUGGUCUGUCUCAGCGUACUCUUGUUCCCUGGGUGGCCCAGCCCUGCUAGCUGUCUUGCACAGCAGCCGCUGUCCCACCUGCCAUUGACUGGCUGUCUGAGCACACUCUUUCUGCAGGCAGCUGAGACAUUUGUGGAGUCAGAGCUGCCGCGGGGCUGGACAGGGUGGCUGCAGGGCUUGCUUCGGGGCCCAGGAGCAUGGCUGGUGGUGCUGCUGGCCAUUUCGGCAGAGGCAGGACUGUGCACCUGGUACCUGGUGGUCUUCCCACCUGAGGUGGUGACCAACUGGCAGACACUGCCCCAGGAGGUGCUGGUGCACUGCCGUGUGCGCUCCUGGGUCAGCUUUGGCCUGGUGCAUGCCACCAAUGCCACACUGGCCUUCCUAUGCUUCCUGGGCACCUUCCUGGUGCAGAGCCGGCCCAACCGCUACAACCGUGCACGUGGCAUCACCUUUGCCACACUGGCCUACUUCAUUACCUGGAUCUCCUUCGUGCCUCUCUUCACCAACGUGCAUAUAGCCUACCAACCCGCUGUGCAGAUGGGUGCCAUCCUCAUCUGUGCCCUGGGCAUCCUGGCUGCUGUCCACCUGCCCAAGUGCUACUUGCUGCUGUGGCAACCAGCACUCAAUACCCCUGAGUUCUUCCUGGGGGAGGGGCCUGGGGCUGUGGGGGAAACUCGGGAAAACCAGGAAUCAGUGACCCCAGGCCCCAGGAGAUCACCCACAGUGAGUCCAACCCAAUAG